UUUCAGUUCGUAACAGACAGCUGAUGUAAAAGCGAGGGGGGGAAACAGAACAAACCUCCCCCCUUAUUCUUCUUUCUCUUUUCUUUCUUCCUUCUUUCCUUCCUCACAACCCCGACCAAGACAAAGAAAUACUCCACGCUUCACUCAUAAUGGAAGACUCUGAGAAAUUGACUGCCUUGAAGAAGGCUUAUGCUGAUAUAAUCCUGAAUACGGCGAAGGAGGCCGCGGCGCGUAUUAUGGUUUCUGAGAGGAACGCUAUUCGGUGUCAGCAGGAGCUCUCCACUACUAAAGAUGAGGCGUUCCGGAUACUGCUUAGGCUUAAGCAAAUGUUGGAUUCUAAGGUCAGUGAGGCAGAGAUGGUUUCUUUAAAUCAAAAGAAAAAGAUCGAAGAGCUUGAAGCUCAGCUUGAGGAAGCUGAGGACAUAGUGAGGGAACUUAGAGUUCAGUUGCAGGAAGUUCAAGAUGAAUUGGAACACGUGAGAAACAAAAAUGUAGAGCCCCAAGAUAAGCAAAACUUGGCCAGUAACAUUGCAUCUCGAGAGGAUUUUCCAAACUCACAUGAGAAGAUCGCACCUUAUGACAUAAGUUCAACUUUAAAUGGUACAUGCCUUGACAGUUGGCCUGAAAGUAAGAAUGACUCGCAGACGGAUAAAGCCCAAGUUCAUAGGGAUUUUGCCUCUAUGGUGAUGAGAAGCAAAGAACCUGAGCUUUACAGAAAUGGCUGCACUCAGAGAGUACGUGCAUUUGAAAGAAAAUCGUUUGAUGGAGAAGUAUGUCUGACUGGACAAGCUGAAGAUGUCAAGAGUAAGGUGUGCAAUAUGGGUGAAGAAGAGGGUAAACUGAUGCGUAAAACAAACACUACCAAGGCUGAUAAUAUCAGUGGAGAAAGGAAAAAUUUUAAUGAGAUCAAGGCAUUGCCUAAGCUAUUAAGCGGGGAUACUCAAGUACCAAUUCUUAAAUCCCUCCGUCGAAAAAGAAAACGGGCUACUAGAUACAACAAGAAGAAAGCUUUAACUGUUCUUGAUGACAUACCUAAACAAUGCAAGUCACCUGAUCUUCACUGCUCAGAAAGUCUUUCGGUGGAUAACGACGAUGCUGGGAAUUUUUUGUCGAAAAAGGAAAUUGAUAGUCAGAAUGGUUUAAUUUUGCUUUCAACCCCAUUGCUGUCUGAAAUUAAUGAAAUGCCAACACCUUCAGGAUGUCCCGACGCCAGUGAGGGAGAUGGAGCAGUAAUAAAUGAUUGUCCUCUUAGGAACAUGACAGACCAUGAUACAGCAGUUGUAGGUAAAUCUGACUUCGCUAGCCAGGAAAGUUUAUGUGGGGAAAAUUUGGAGGCUUCUACUGAUAAAGUUGACCUUGACCCGGUUAAGGAGUCAUCAAUUCAAUUGGAUAUGAAAAACUCUGAUGUGAUUGAUGAGAUUCCUAGUCAACAGUCAAAUAAUAAAGUUCUCAAGUAUACAUUCCAAAGAAAGCGAAAGAAGGAAUCUUUGAGCAGCCCUGAUGGUAAAUCAUCAGUUGAUGAAAGCAUAUCAAAGAAAAGGAUGAAGGAUAAACAAAGUGUAUCGUCAGAAUCAGACAAGUUUAGCUUAAUGACAGAAUCAUCUCGAGACAACCGUCGGUUGGCACAGGUUGCUCGGCAGACCCCUGCGGUCCUAGGCCAUUGUAGUUCGCAGCUCCCUCCCAACUCUGACGUGCUUUUCCCAGAAAUGCUCAAAUUAGCUAGGCCGCAAGACUUGCUGCACCCAAGGAGCUCAUAUCUUUGUCUGAGAAGAAGUGGCGGUAGUAGAACUCUGGCUGUCCUGAAACUCAUAUUUGUUGCUUGAGAAAUAAAACCAGCUGCAACAAAAAAAGGAAAACGCCGAAAUGGGCUGCUUAGCAAGAAAGUAUUGGUUGCACUGCACAGCGAAUGAAAUGUUUUUCCAAGCAAAGUUCCACAGGCCAUGAGCAAGUACACCAUAUGGCACUAUAUGUCCACUAACUUAUGAAUGUUUAUGUAAUCUUUAUAUUUAUAUCCUUCCCUUCAUCACUAUAUUAAAAACUUGAAUCUUGGCAUUUUUCUUUCCUUUGGGAAAGCUUAGUUAAAUUAUAUUCCAAUUUUCACAUGGUA